GACGCAAGCUCAUAUUGAUUUAUGCGGAAGCCCCGGAAUGUGCUACGCCCUGGCGAACAUUGAACAUACGGGUAUUGCUAGCUAUCUGAAGAAUGUCCAUUUCACUGGUUAUGGCAAUAUGGUAAUAUCAUUUGACCAAGAUGGAUUCCUUGAAAACCCGGAUGUUGUCGUUCUGAAUUACAAAGAAGAUGGUAACAGCGGAUACCAUCUCGCGGAUCUUGGUCCUGUUGUUAACCUCAACACUAAUCUUGUAAGUUUCUGGGAGAAUGGACUACUGCAGACUGGAACAAACGUAAAAUCCGUGUGCACUGUGCCAUGUACUGAUAUCCAGUGUAAAGUAAAGAAACAGUUCGCAUCAAUCACUGGUCAUAUUAUUAUCGGAGGGAUGUUUUCAGUGCACGACAACAGCAGCACCCCCGACACAUGCGGAGAUAUUAGCUUUGACGGCGUAAAAAGACUAGAAGCAAUGAUGUACGCUGUCGAUAACAUCAAUAACGACCCGAACAUUCUGCCUGGCAUCACCCUGGGUGUGAUUGGAAUGGAUAGCUGUAACAAUGACGCUACAGUCGGGAGAAAAAUAGUCGAAUUACUUGGAUCAGCCGAUUUUAGCAGAGGGGUGGGCGGUAAAAGAACGGGUGAACUGGAUGAGACGCAAUAUAUAAUGGGUGUCGUUGGUACGACUAUCAAUGAGCUGACUGGUGUUAUGGAUGGUGCCGUCAGUGCUGUCAUGCUCCCACAGAUUAGUUACAAUAUUCCGCCCGCCCUGCCGACAAGCAUGAAACGUCUCCCGAACACAUUCAGCACUGGCGCCCCCAUUCAUUAUCAAGCUAAAGCGAUGGUAGAUAUGGCAGUGGCUUUGGAGUGGUGGUACAUACAGGUUAUCUACUCUGACACUCCGAUUGGUCAUGAAGGCUUUGUAGCCAUCAAAAUCUUCGCUAAAGAGGUUGGUAUAUGUAUCGCCAAUUCUUUGGUGAUCAAAGACGGACAUAGCGACAACGAGAUGAAUGUCAUAAUCAAUGCAAUAAGGUCAAGAACUGAUGCCAAGGGUUUGUUGGCCGUCACAUCAAACACUGACAGUCGACAAUUGGUGGGAAAACUAUCUGAUAACAAACUCGAGAAGAACUUCACACUUGUUGUUCCCCAAGAUUUCCACGAAGCUUUUAUGGGGUUUCCGGAUGUGGCUGCUGGUACAUUAAUGGUUGUCCCAUAUGACCCACUUAUACCAGACUUUCAAAACUAUUUUAAGAGUCUUAAACCUGAUUCAAACAGACGCAACCCAUGGUUCCGAGAGUACUGGAUGAAGCGCUUUCAAUGCUAUCUACCAGGAGAAUAUUCUACAGAGACGACAGCCUGUGAAGUUAACCAAGAAUUAUUGGCCUCGGAUGGUGAUGCUGAUAAUAUUGCGGACAUAAUGGACUCUGUGACUGCAAUAGCCAGAGGCAUCGAUGAACUUUAUGGCGAGAAAUGUCCACCUAAGACUGAAAUGUGCAAUGCCCUGGUGAUGUCCACUCCCGAUGAGCUUCUUGAAAAAAUAAGAAGUGUUACUUUUGAAAGUGCAGCUUCCAUGAAAACCUUUGAAUUUGAUGACAAUGGUGAUGGAGUUCCACUUUAUAAUAUUUAUAAUUCACAACUAAUUGGUGAUACUGAUGUUCUCAAUAAUGUACUGGUUGGCAGUUGGAGCAAGGAUAAUCUAACAUUUGGUUAUCCCGAACCAGUGACGCUGUAUGGACCAGGAGGAGUGAUUAUUUAUCCUGACCAAUCCAUGCCAACACAGUGCAUCGGUGCAUGUUCUGAAUGCAAGGAUAGUAGUGGUCAAUGUAGAGGCAAUAUUAUACGCCUUAGACCAGGUGAACAAUAA